AUGGCUAGUGCGGCCGCGCCCACUAGUGGUCAAGAUGAUUCAGCUGCAUCUUUCAUCGGAGCGCUGAUAUCGCUGACGUCACAUUCUAACAUACGAUACCAAGGUAUUUUAUCGAACAUUGAUGCUGCACAAGCUACUCUCUCGUUGGAGAAUGUACAUUCUUGGGGUACCGAGGGACGCUGUGCAGCUGCAGGUCAUCCACAGGACGAAGUUCCUAAGAAUGAUCAUGUGUAUGGAUAUAUCGUCUUUCGUGCUGCUGAUGUUGUGGAUCUAAGGAUUGAUGAUCCAUCCCCUAACAAGACUGGUGGCGCCGCUCCAGAAUCCACAAUGAACAAAUCUGAGACAUAUCCAACUAUUUCAGCUGGACUCCCUGAUCCUCAGUACAUGAUGCAAUAUCCAUACGCCCCUAUGGGUCCGUAUGGUCCAAUGUACCAGCCUAUGCCACAAAUGUAUGGUGGUUUUACCCAAGAAACGUAUCCUUUUCAUGGAGGUUAUAUGAUGCCACCAUACGUGAAUGCCCCUGUUUACCCGAUCAAUCAGGAUGCUGGUCUUGAUGUCCCGCCCCAUAUGCAGGGAAUUCCAUCUCAGCCACCCGUAUUGGGUGUCCAACCCAAAAGCCCUGCUCCCCCAUCAGCAGACACAAGUAUGCAACAGCAAAUUCCCGUUUCGAAUGAAGUACAGAAGAGCUCUGCUUAUCCAGGCCCUGAUCUUGAGAGUUUAACCGAAACUUCGAACGCCACUGGGCCGCUUUCGAAUCGUACAACUGAAAAGCCUCUGCCAACAAAUCGGCCGUCAUCCAUUAAUGAAGACCCAUCUGGACCAAAAGAUACGCCUGAGACAAAUGAUAUUUCCAAAACGAAUGUUUCCAUCGAUAAUACAGGGUCGGUUUCAUCACAAACGAAGCCGGUAGUGCAGGAGCGCAAACCAAAAACUGUUCCUGGAGCGGCACCUGGCGCUGUUGUGGCAUCACGCGAUCCCUCUGUGCCAGAAUCUGACUUUGAUUUUGAAAAGGCGAACUCACUUUUCAAAAAGCAUUCUGGGCCUGAUGCUGAGGAGCCGAGUAACAAUGACAGGAUCACGUCUGUUCCCUCUGCGCCUAGCAAAUCAUUUUAUGACAGGAAGACAGGCUUUUUUGACAACAUAAGCAGCGAAGUCAAGGAUCGCCAUGAGGGAGGUAAGCGGUCUGGUCGUGAAGGUCUCAUCGCCGAAGAAAAGGAACGCAAUGUUCUCACUUUUGGCGAUCAGGCUGCCAACUAUCGCGGCUCAAGUCGACGCGGACGUGGUCGCGGGGGGCGUGGCCGUGGCCGUGGACGUGGCGAGAAGCAACCCGCCUGGGCAUAG